GAAGAAGAAAUCUAUUAACGAAUGAUCCCUGAAACACUUUUUUUUCGGACUUCAUUAUUGAAACAGCCCUGACCUUCUGAACUAUGAACUAUAUUUAGGUUUAGUCAGUGCGAUAGUUCAGAACUUCAGUCAGCGAUAACAAUUUCUUUAGGAAAAUUGAAGGGAUCCUAACAUGUCCACAUUGCUAAAUUGUGUGAGGAUUAGGGCAGUCCCAUCUGCUCUGGGCAUGGUUGGUCCAAGCCAUGCUAGGACCAUGUCUGCUACUCCUCAGCCUAUCAAGAAACCUGAAGUGAAGUGUGCCAAGAUUUUUAUCAACAAUGAAUUUGUAGAUGCAGUCAGUGGAAAAACCUUCAAAACAAUCAACCCAACCACAGAAGAAGUUAUUUGUGAGGUUGCUGAAGGGGACAAGGCAGAUGUUGAUAAAGCAGUCAAAGCUGCUAGGGAUGCUUUUAAAUUGGGAUCACCAUGGCGCACGAUGGAUGCAUCCAAGCGACAAGAUCUUUUGAUUAAACUUGCUGACCUUAUUGAAAGAGACAGAAAUUAUAUAGCUUCACUGGAGACACUUGACAAUGGCAAACCAUUCAGUGCUUCAUUUGCAGUAGAUCUGGAACUCACUAUCAAAUGUCUCAGGUAUCAUGCUGGCUGGGCAACCAAAAAUGGAGGAAAAGUUGUUCCUAUGGAUGGUAAUUUCUUUUCUUAUGUGCGUCAUGAGCCUGUGGGUGUAUGUGGACAAAUUAUUCCGUGGAACUUUCCCCUACUGAUGCAAGCAUGGAAAUUGGGCCCAGCACUGGCCACUGGCAAUACUGUUGUGAUGAAACCAGCAGAACAGACUCCACUCACUGCCUUGUAUGUAGCUCAGUUGGCUGCAGAAGCUGGUUUUCCUCCUGGUGUAAUUAAUAUAGUUCCUGGCUUUGGUCCCACUGCUGGAGCUGCUAUUGCCUCACACAUGGAUGUUGACAAAGUGGCAUUUACAGGAUCAACUGAGAUUGGUCAGCUUAUCCCACAAAUGGCAGCACGUUCAAAUCUUAAAAGAGUUACACUUGAACUUGGAGGAAAAAGUCCUCAAAUAGUUUACUCAGACAGUAAAUUGAGUGAUGCCAUUGACUUUACACAUUUGGGGCUGUUCUUCAAUCAGGGUCAGUGCUGCACAGCUGGCUCUCGCGUUUUUGUGGAGGAGAAAAUCUAUAAAGACUUUGUGGAGUUGGCAACUGAGAAGGCAAAAAAGAGGACCAUUGGUGACCCAUUUACCAAUGUUGAUCAAGGACCUCAGGUGGAUGGAGACCAGAUGAACAAGAUUCUUGACAUGAUUAACAGUGGGAAGAAAGAAGGAGCCAAGCUAACUGUUGGAGGUUCUAGAGUUGGUAAUAAAGGAUACUUUAUUGCCCCCACAAUAUUUGCAGAUGUUCAAGACAACAUGAGAAUAGCCAAAGAAGAGAUCUUUGGACCAGUAAUGCAGAUAAUGAAAUUUAAGAAUGACCAAGAGUUGUUGGAGCGGGCACACAAUACAAUCUAUGGUUUGGCAGCAUCAGUCUAUACACAAGAUAUUGAAAGAGCCAUAUUUUUGUCUAACAGCUUGAGAGCUGGAACAGUCUGGAUCAACUGUCACAAUGUUUUUGAUACUUCAAUGCCCUUUGGUGGAUAUAAAAUGUCAGGUCAGGGCCGUGAGCUGGGAGAAUAUGGUAUUCAGGCUUAUACAGAAGUUAAAUCAGUUAUUAUGAAGAUUCCUCAGAAGAACUCAUAAAAGAGACAGCAUUGUUUUGUUAUUUUGUCAUGAUUCUGUUUAAUGUUGGCUUUGCUUUCACUAUAUCCUCAAUUCAAGCCUUCUAAAAUGUUAUUUAUAUGUAUCUAAUGGUCAACUUGUUGGAUGUGCCAUCUUUACAAUGAGCCCAGCCUUCAAGUCCGAGGUCUGAAGUUUUUAAUGCACUAUUUCUUUUUUCUUUGUAAGAAAUUUUUGUGUUGAAAAGUUCAAUGUAUAAGAAUGUAAGAGAUUUUGAAGGGAAAGAAAUCUUCAAAUCAGACAUCUUUCAAAACCAAUGUCACUUUUUGUUCUGCUUAAAGGCAGUCUAUGGAAAAUUUUGUUUUCAAUUCUAAAUGUUCACAUGGACAUGAAGCAGUUCUUUUUUUGAAGUACUGGUAAUGUCUGUAUUAUAUAAGAAGAAGAAAUAUAAUAUCUGACUUUAAUAUACUAUUGGCAUUAAAUUGUUAUUGCUUUCAUUUAACUUUUACUGGAUUGUACUGGGUAGAAUUUUGUUAUUUGUUUACUCAUGUAUUUUUAUAAUGGAUCAAUAAAAAUAUACAAUAAUA